AUGGAAGACAACGGCAUCAUCGUCAAAAUCGGCGAGGCAUACACUCCUGUCGAUGAGGAUUCUGUCCUGGAGAAGUUGACGAACCUUAUUGAGAAAUCCGAGGCAGCAUUGUCCCAAAAGUCGGACGAGAUUGAGACUGUGAGGGGUGAGCUGGACUCCUUGAAGAAGGUGCUUUAUGCCAAGUUCGGAUCCAGCAUCAACCUGGAAAAGUGA